UAGAGAAAGGUUAUAUAUUAUUUGAGUUUUCUUAGCUGGAGUAUUUCUGACCAAGUCAUUGACUGCUAAACCGUGAUAAAUCAUAUUUUUACCGAUGUCAUUAAAUCACCGUCUAUACGCGGAGCGAGCGAGCGCAGAAAAAAUCUCGCAGCGAACGUCAGAGCAAUUACUUAACUGACGGGACUAUGUUUCCUCAAUUUUUUAUUUUUCUAAUCUUGGAAGUCUAUUAUCAGAUGUAAAUCGCAUUGAUUUAUCAAUCGGGAUACUCGGUAGGGUUUAAAUGUGAAAAGUUUAAAAUUCCGGGUGUAAAUUUCGCGUUAAGAAAACGUAUAUGGAGCCGUGAAAAGAAAUUCCAACUUGUCGUUAUCUGACAAUUAUGAUAUCGCGGUUGACGGCAUCCUGGAUUUUUUAUCGCUUUUGGGAGGUCCUGGAGUUACCGAGGUGCGCGAUAUACGAGAUCGUCGUGAAACUCGUUCAGUUUCUCUUCGCGAUUUCCAACCUGAUUUACCAAAUGCUCAUGUUUCUUCGGGAUCUUUGCGACGAAACUAUGCAGACGUUCGCGAACUUCUUUCAAGGCAUAGUAAACGUCGUGAGUGGCAUAUCCUGCGAAGACGUCGAAGACUUCGCUUCCGCCUGCAUAGUCGUGCUUCUAUGGAUCGGAGUCAUCAAAAUAGUGCUGAACAUGUUGGGAAAGAACCCUGGACCUAUUCAAUCCGAUGACAUGAGUGACAAAUCGAACUCGUUUUACGACGAAGAGCUCGACGCAGAUAAACGCUUCGACUUGGAUGGAUGUCCCCGGAAGUUGCGGAAACGGAAAAAGACGCUCAGACGGCACAACAGGGGACGUAUAACGCAGAGUACCUCCAGUCCACAAAUAGACGAAGAGCCAAGUGAUUAGGACCGUCUUUGAGUGAUUAGUUUCUAGCCUGUGACGUCAAGACGUGUA